AUGUCUACUCCAGUUGCCGACUCUUUGACUGAUCUCAAGAAUUCCACUGCCCAGAUCAUGGCCAUCAUCAGCACCGCCCGGCAGAUUCCCCCAGGUCCCAGCCACUCAGCUCUGGGAAAACAGAUUGGUACACUUGUGUCUAAUGUAGCAAAGGAGUAUGGGUCCAGGGAUGGUCCUAUUCCCGGACUCAUCAUUUUGUGCCUCAAAGAGCUACACCGCAUCCGGAGCAUGGUUCCCAAGGUCUGGCCUGACUGGCACACCAUCGGGUAUGACGAUCCCCGCAUUUUGAGGCACGCCUGGUACCCCAAGGUCCUUGCCUGGGAGGCCUUAGGUGACUGGACCUUUGAUCUCCCAACUGCUGCCCCCCCAUCCACAGGUCCGAUUCCAGUCAACCUUCCCUCCCCAGCCAUCCCUACUGGCAAUGUCGCUGGCCCUUCCACCAACCCCACCACCAAGUUCCGGGACAAGGGGAAAGGUAAGGCCGUCUUCGCUGACCUGGAGCCUGAGGCAGAAGGCAGUAAUAAGAGGAAGUCCCCCUUGAUUUUGGGACCACCCUCCCAACCCCCAAAAUCUGUGAUGAAGAGUCACAAGCAUCAGAGGUUGGCUUGCGUGGUGAAGUCCAAGCCCAUGAAAAACCCAUGCUACGCUUGCAACAAGCUACAAUGGCCUUGCACAACUCGGAUGGACAAGAGGACCGGGGCUCCGUGUAUGUCGUGCAUCUACUGCACGACAAAGAAGAUCAAGUGCACCCCCGCAUCUAUGGGAUCCCCACCUCCUCGCAAUGGUGCCUCCUCUACCACCCGGAAGACGAGGUCCAGGACGUCAUCCAGGGCUCCCUCCAAGGCUCCCUCUGCAUCCCAAACCCCUGCCCCCUCCAAAGCUCCCCCUGCCUCCCAAUCCAAGGCCCGAACUCACAGUCAGUCUCGUGGCCCGUCCGGAACUCCCGGUGUCACUGCAGUGACAACCCCCAAGACCCAGAUGCAUGGUCGCAGCAAGACCAUCACUGCCGUCAAGGCACCUGCACCUGAACCAGCUCCUCUUCCGGCCUCGAGUUCGGCAGUCCCAGCUGCAGCAUGUGGCCCGGCAGUCCCUGCUGCAGCACUUGCUCGAAUCGCUCUUCUGGAGGAUCGUGUGGCAGAGCAGGAUGGUAAGAUUGAUACCCUGCAACGUCUUCAUGAAGGCCUUAGGCACGAAAUCAUGCACCGGCACCCCUCAUUCCCACUGCCCGAUCCUCCUGCCAAUGCAUCAUCCUUGUUGCUUGAUCAAUCUGGCCCCCCCACCAUGUCACCUGCCAAAUCUGCACUCCCACUUCUCAUUGAUCUCACAAUGGAAGGCAUUGCUCCCACAACCGCAACCGCAACAUUCCCGGAUGCCUCUGCCAUUGAUGGCCUCCUGUUUGAUUACAACCAAGUUGCUCAUCCAGAGGAUCCAGAUGCGUCCGGCGAAAUUGUGAACCCAGGUGAUCCGAGCAACCUUGUCCCAGAAUAUGACUCUUCUGAUGACAUGGAUGUUGAGGUGGAGGUGAAGGUUGAAGAGUCUUCUGAGGAGGUUGACAUGGCUACAUAA